GGAGCAAUUAGUCGUCGCCUUGCACCCACGUCCGAUGUAACGGGAGUGUCGGUGGCCACGGUGGUUUUCUGCGGUGACUCUCGCGCGCUCAGACGCCACUUUUGGAACCAGCUCUCUGUUCUGUUAGGUUCGGUUUUGUGCAGCUAAAGGACAACCCGGUGUCCAUGGAUAAACGCACGGAUCUGGCGUCGCUCUUCUGUAUGGUCGGUCGGCACGGUCCCGCUGUGGCCGUGGCAGUCAUAGCGGUGGUGUCCGUGGUGGCUGGGCUCAUCAUCUACCGGACCGUCAGGGGGAAGCGGAGGAAGGCCGCGGCUGGAGCUGUGGACCGCAGCAGCAGGAGGCACGCGUCGCUGUCCGAUCCGGAACCAGAACCGAGCCUGGAGGCAUCACGCAGCCGUCAGAAGUCAACAGAGCUAGACGAGGACGACCAGUUGGAUGUUGAGGAGGUUAAAGUGACUCGGAGUCCUUACAAUCUCCGGAAUCGCCGCGUUGCUGCCAAAAAACCAUCUAUUAGUCCUCAAAGAGAACUGGAACCAGAGAAGAAAGUCGACACUUCACCAAUGUUGGACUUUUCCAGUGUUGCUGAGACAUGUGUAACAGAAGAAACCACAAAGGAUGCAGAGGAUCAAAUCUGCUUCAAACAUGUUGUGGAAUGUGAUAACAAGAAGGUGUCGAGAUCACAGGAAGUUGAAGUGGCCACAAAGGAUGUAGAGAAUAAAUGCUGUAAAAAUAGUUCACUGAGCCAAAGUGACGAUGAUGCCCAAGAACAUCGGUCAACACCAGAAACCAUCAACAUAGAGUCUUCCUUGAAGGAGCUCAUCAAAUCCCUGGAUGACAUGCCCACUUCUUGCAAAGAUAGUCUUGCCUAUGAUCAAAAGUUUUAUCAUGAGAAAGGGUCUGAAUUGCUCAAAACUGUUCCUGGUCUGAAUCUGUCAGUUGAUUCAGAAACUACCCAAGAGCAAGUCCAAUCUGCUGCACAAACUGACUUGCCAUCAACUCCUCUACAAACGGAAAAGGAAGAUGAAGAUGCAGUAGUCUCAAAGUUAACUGAAAGUGUGGGUCUAAGUGGUCUUAAAUGUAAUGGUGAAGGUCUUAAGAGCAGCAGUGAAAUGGACUCUGAUGUGGUGGUUUUUGAAAAAAGCGAGGAUUCUGUGUCCUCAUCCUACAGAGGUCUUGAAACAGCUGUUAAUGAACCACCUAGUUCUUCUGCCCCUCUGACAUCUGCAGACAUGGUUAAUCCUGACAUGUCUUCCUUCCAAAGGAAAGAAAGUGACCAGACUGACAUGAGCGAAGACCUUUCAGAAGUUUCUUCUGCUGCUGUCCCAGACAUGGAUGAGGGCAUAAAGGCACAGAGCUGCCAUAUUCAUCUGCUGUCUUGUGAUCAAAGUGAGCUCACAUGGUCAUCGUCUGCUGUUGGUGAAGAAAGUGGGAUUUCAAGUAUGACCGUUAGUCCUGACUUGCCUGAAGUAGACACGGAGGAUGACUGUUUAGUGCUCUCUGUAGCCGAUCCUUAUCCAGAUUCAGAAGAGCACAUUGAGGCUCAAGGCACGUUCUCUGAUGCUCAAUCUGUCAAUCAUGAUAGUUUGGUAAAAACUGUGACAUCUUCCUCGUUGGAUCUUUCUCAGCAAGCAAGCACAGAAGUUAAGGAGAAUGUUUCCAUAACAAAUGAGUUCAUGUUUUCUCAGGAGACCAAGGAAGUGGACCAGUUCGCGAUUCAGAUCUCAACUGGUUAUGCCAACUUGACUGAACUUGGUGAGACUGAGGUAAAACUAGCAGUGGAAAGUGAAGGGGACAAAACAACUGAAAUUAGCAUAAUGGAGGCAACUAUGGACAACAAUGAGUGGAUCACAGAUGGAAAUGUUCAAGUCCUGCCUUGGAUGGGCCUUUAUACUGCAUCUGUUCACUAUAGCAAGCAACCUGACAAAGUUUCUUCAGAACCUCCAAGCUUGGUUCCCAGUAAUUCUCCUUGUAGAAACACGGACUCUGUGCCAUCUAUCGAAGUGACCCAGACCAACACUCUGCUUGAUGGAAAUGACAAAGAUAUUGUGGCAGUCCAGCCAAUGCCCCAAAAUGUCAACGUGACCUUUCGCAUUCACUAUCUUACCCACUCUCCAUACCAGAAGGUGGCCAUUAUGGGUAACAUGCAGGAGCUGGGAAACUGGAAGGAAUUUAUACUCUUGGAAAAAGCAAAUGAUGGGCACUGGUCCACUGUGGUUAGCCUGCCUACAGAGAGCCAUGUAGAGUGGAAGUUCGUGGUGGUGGACAAGGAUGAAGUGUGUCGCUGGGAGGAGUGUGGCAAUCGCCUCCUGGAUACAGGCUAUGAUGAUCUGCUGGUGCACAAAUGGUGGGGAUUCAUGUAAGAUGACUUGAUGAGGACUUGGAAUAGUAUGGAUGACCUUUGGGACUUGGCCAGGUAGUGGCAGGUUAGUUCAUUUGGUCAUCAAUUCUGUCAAACUCCUGCUUUAAUUUUGGGGUUAAACUAGUUUGAGUCACCAAAUGGGCCAAAUAAGGUUGAAUAUAUAUUUUUUGUAAACACUUGAUUUCAGGUGAAACUACUGUAUAUUUUAAUGGUGUAUGGACUCACGUCAAAAGUUGAAUUGAUUCUUGAUGCAAAUUAUUUUACGACUUAUUAUAAAGGAUGUACAUUUAAGGUUUUAAAAAUGUUACAGGAAGUUGGUUUAAAAUGUUCCAGCAUAUACAUUUUUUGUAGGACUGCACAAUUUCACCGUAUUUAGCCCAUUUUAAAUCUUUAAUUCUGACGAUGUCAAAACUGACCCUGCUUUUAAGACACUUCUGUUUCAGUGAGUCUAUUGAAACUGGAGAGACUACAUUGUUGCUCAUCUAAAAUUAUGCAAACUACACAUUUCAGGUGAUUUAAUACAAGUGUUUGGCUUCAGUGUGAUGCUGCUUUAAUACUUAAGAAUACACGCACAUAGUUCACUCUUACUUAGCAAUAAUUAAAGAAAUAUUUCUGUACUGAGUAUAUCAGGAACUCAACCACUGAAUUGUGAAAGUUGUAACGCCUAUUAGACUGUAGCAUUUUGUGCAUGCAAUACUGUCCCGUUCUAGAAAUGUGCCUUUUUUUAAAGAAAAUUGUUCAUUAAUGUUUGCCAUCUUUUUUGUCACAAAAUGUUUUUAUUUUGCAUUUCUGAAAUUUAUGUAACUUGGUACUUCUGAUUGUAAUUAAAUAAACUUAAAUCUUUUCAAA